UCCCUCCCGGUUCCCCGCCCCGCUUCUCCUCCUCUUCCUCCGCCUCCCGCUCCUGCUCGCUGGGUCUCCGGCUCCGGCGCCGGCUCCUGCUUCUCCCAGCCGCCCGGGGCCAAGGCGACGAGAGGUUGUAAAAAUCCAUGUGGGACGGCCCCGGGGCGAGCAUCCGAAAGAUCUUUGAGUGGAGUUAUUUUCUGGUACGGACUGUGAAAAGAAUGCGGUGAAAAUUCUGGACAAUCGUGGAAAUAUUAGCUCAAACCCCAACUUAGUAUAGCAUUUCUUCUCUUCAGUAACACCUCAUAAUACAAGAAAAAUGUAUGGAAGUGCAAGAACAAUCACCAAUCUGGAAGGUAGCCCUUCCAGAUCCCCUCGUUUGCCAAGGUCUCCUCGUUUGGGCCACCGAAGAACAAGUAGCGGGGGAGGUGGAGGAACAGGCAAGACUCUGUCUAUGGAGAAUAUCCAGUCCCUCAAUGCAGCCUAUGCUACGUCUGGACCCAUGUAUCUGAGUGAUCAUGAAGGGGUGGCUUCAACAACUUACCCAAAGGGCACUAUGACUCUGGGAAGGGCUACGAAUCGAGCUGUAUAUGGAGGCCGUGUCACAGCCAUGGGGAGUAGUCCCAAUAUUGCUUCUGCUGGACUUUCCCACACAGAUGUCCUUUCAUACACAGAUCAACAUGGUGGGCUGACUGGCUCAUCCCAUCAUCACCACCACCAGGUCCCCUCCAUGUUGAGGCAGGUAAGAGACAGCACAAUGUUAGAUCUUCAGGCCCAGCUGAAAGAACUGCAGAGAGAGAAUGACCUCCUCCGGAAAGAGCUCGACAUCAAGGACAGCAAGUUGGGAUCUUCCAUGAACAGUAUUAAGACUUUCUGGAGUCCUGAGCUUAAGAAGGAGAGAGUCUUGAGGAAAGAAGAGGCAGCGCGGAUGUCUGUCCUCAAGGAGCAGAUGAGGGUUUCCCAUGAAGAAAAUCAGUUACUGGAUGCCAGAAGAACCAAGCACCUACAGUUGACAAUCCAAGCCCUUCAAGAUGAGCUGCGAACCCAGAGAGACCUCAACCACCUCCUCCAGCAAGAGAGUGGCAACCGAGGAGCGGAGCACUUCACCAUCGAGCUGACCGAGGAGAACUUCAGGCGGCUCCAAGCCGAGCACGACAGGCAGGCCAAGGAGCUGUUCCUUUUGAGGAAGACAUUAGAGGAAAUGGAGCUGAGAAUUGAAACGCAGAAACAAACCCUCAAUGCCCGAGAUGAGUCGAUUAAAAAACUUCUUGAGAUGUUACAAAGUAAAGGCUUGCCGUCCAAAAGCCUAGAGGAUGACAAUGAGCGAACGCGACGGAUGGCAGAGGCUGAGUCUCAGGUCAGCCACUUGGAAGUGAUUUUAGACCAGAAAGAGAAGGAAAACAUACAUCUUAGAGAGGAAUUGCACCGAAGAAGCCAGCUUCAGCCGGAGCCAGCCAAGACGAAGGCUCUCCAGACUGUCAUCGAAAUGAAGGACACAAAAAUCGCUUCAUUGGAGCGAAACAUAAGGGAUCUUGAGGAUGAGAUCCAGAUGUUAAAAGCCAAUGGUGUGCUGAACACUGAGGACCGCGAAGAAGAGAUCAAACAAAUUGAGGUUUACAAAAGUCACUCCAAGUUUAUGAAGACCAAGAUUGAUCAGCUGAAGCAGGAACUUUCAAAGAAAGAGUCAGAACUUCUUGCCUUACAAACAAAGCUUGAAACCCUUAGCAAUCAAAAUUCAGAUUGCAAGCAACACAUUGAAGUGCUCAAAGAGUCGCUUACUGCCAAAGAACAGAGGGCUGCCAUCCUUCAGACUGAGGUAGAUGCGCUGAGAUUACGACUGGAAGAAAAAGAAUCUUUCCUCAAUAAAAAAACGAAACAGCUGCAGGACCUCACAGAAGAGAAGGGGACACUGGCCGGUGAGAUUCGUGACAUGAAAGAUAUGUUAGAAGUGAAGGAAAGAAAAAUCAAUGUUCUUCAGAAAAAGAUUGAAAACUUGCAAGAACAACUUAGGGAUAAAGACAAGCAACUGACCAACCUGAAAGACAGAGUGAAGUCCUUGCAGACAGAUUCCAGUAAUACAGAUACUGCACUGGCGACGCUAGAGGAAGCUCUGUCAGAGAAGGAGAGAAUAAUUGAGCGCUUGAAAGAACAGCGAGAAAGAGAUGAUCGGGAAAGACUAGAAGAGAUAGAAUCCUUCCGAAAAGAGAACAAAGACCUGAAAGAGAAGGUCAAUGCUUUACAGGCUGAACUCACUGAGAAAGAGUCUAGUUUAAUUGACCUCAAAGAACAUGCAUCUUCAUUAGCCUCUGCAGGGCUGAAAAGGGAUUCCAAAUUAAAGUCUCUAGAAAUAGCCAUCGAACAAAAGAAAGAGGAAUGUAGCAAAUUGGAAGCACAGUUAAAAAAGCAAGCUGAGCAGUUGUUCAAUCAGAUGUACAACCCAAAGUCAAUUAGGAAUAAUGGGAAACAAGGGGCACAUAAUAUUGAAGAUGACUCCAGGAUGAACCCUGAGUUUGCAGACCGAAUAAAACAGCUAGAUAAAGAGGCGUCUUACUACCGCGACGAGUGUGGCAAGGCCCAAGCAGAAGUGGACCGGUUGCUGGAGAUCCUCAAGGAGGUAGAGAAUGAGAAGAAUGACAAGGACAAGAAGAUCGCAGAACUGGAGAGCUUGACUCUCAGGCAUAUGAAAGAUCAGAAUAAGAAGGUGGCCAACCUCAAGCACAAUCAACAGUUGGAAAAGAAGAAAAAUGCUCAGCUACUAGAAGAAGUCCGCAGGCGAGAAGAUAGCAUGGCUGACAACUCACAGCAUUUGCAGAUAGAGGAACUGAUGAAUGCACUGGAGAAGACCAGACAGGAACUGGAUGCCACCAAAGCACGCCUCGCCUCCACACAGCAGUCCCUGGCCGAAAAAGAAGCGCACUUGGCCAACCUCCGGAUUGAGAGGAGGAAACAGCUGGAGGAGAUCCUGGAGAUGAAACAGGAAGCGCUACUUGCAGCCAUCAGUGAAAAAGAUGCAAACAUUGCCUUGCUGGAAUUGUCUGCCUCCAAAAAGAAAAAGACGCAGGAAGAAGUCAUGGCCCUCAAGCGAGAAAAAGACCGACUAGUACAUCAAUUAAAGCAGCAGGUGGGGCCUCCUGCAAGACAGACCCAGAACAGAAUGAAGUUGAUGGCAGACAACUACGAUGAGGACCAUCACCAUUACCAUCACCACCACCAUCACCACCACCAUCGAUCUCCUGGGAGGUCGCAACAUUCCAAUCACAGGCCCUCUCCGGACCAGGAUGACGAGGAGGGCAUAUGGGCAUAGCCGGGCCUGUAAACCAAAGUUCCAGUUUUGUUUUGAGGGAUAUGCCAGUGUGGUGUGACUCUCACGUCCUUCUGGUUGUGUCAAAUGUUUGGCAAGGAAUAAGGAAAAUAAAACUAUGUAUCUUCAUGGAGCUGAAACUAUCAUCUCUAAGAAGCCCGUUUAAUGGAUUGUGCUAUCUCUUCUAUGGCAGUUCUGAAGAAAACACAAGGAUCAAGGCAUAGUAAUGGUGAAUGGGUAACUGUAACUCUUUAAAUGAAUUAGAAUAGAAAUAUUCGUAUUAGCAGGUCUUAUUAGUGACAUUUUAUCUGUUGCUUUUUAAAAAUUAUACUUCUAAGAGGCUUUGCAUUAGAAAUUACACACAUUGUAUUUAUCAGAGGGUUUUGUACUUUUAAAAGCUGAUCUUUAGCUAUUAAGAACUCACCCUUUAUUUACGUCCUAUCUGCAUUACAAUUGAAUAAUGACACAUGUAAUUACCACAUGGUUACAAAUGGAACAUUGAAGUCUAGAAACUUUUGCUGCUGAGAAUUACACCUCUCCUGUACACUGCAGGCUGUGGAACACCAAGUCACAAACUCCUUGGAGUUGAAUAUACAUAUGGUUACAUGGAAUACGGUAUUAAACUUGGUAACAUUGCAAAUGACAUUUUAUUUGGAACAAGGAAUAUACAUUGUGUGCCAUGGUGACUUUUUCUGAUCAGAAAGUAUUCAAUGUAUAGUUCUUUAUUCUGAGACAAGCAUGAAAUGACACAGUGCUGGAGAAUCAACAGGUGUGGGACAAUUCUUGGGGAUAACUUAGCAUUUAUGUCUUUUCCCAAGUCUUGCCUUCAAAUAGCAUGGCAGGUGGUGCUUCAGGUGAAGUUUAACCUAGAGCUGGUACGUUUUGCCUGUUGGUGAGUUUCAUUGUUGUGUUUUACUUCUCACUUGAACCUGUUAUACGUCCCACUAAUGGGUCAGUUUGCUUUUUUUUUUGGUACUGAGGGUGAAGUUCACAGAAUGGUGGUUUUCAGAUAUAACAUCUUUCUACAUAGUAAAGAUGUAAUGCCUCCUGGAUCCAUUUGCUGCCGGUAAAACCUGCUUCAUGUUAAUACAGGAGUAUCUCAUCUCUUCUCCCUUUUCUUGGCAAAGGGGAAAAUAGCACUGGAAUGAACACUUCUAGAUGCAAAGUCAUUCCAUAGGAAAGCUUGUCAGUAUGAGGAAGUGGGGAAAUCAGAGAAGUUCUGGAUGUUCUAUGGGAGCAACUCUUUCCCUCUCUAGGGAAAAUAUUAAGAGAAAUGUCACGUUUACUCACAAAGAAAAGCUAAUAAAAGUGGAAAUUGACCUAAACUAAUAUGAAAUGAGAAGAAAGCGUUUUAUAGCAUUAAAAAGCAAACACGUGAAGCCUGCCUCAAACAUGCAUGGGCUAGGUAGGUAAAGGAAAGUUCUAAGAGUUUGGCAGUUGUCUUGAAAACUAUAGCUCCUACUUGGGGCUCUUCUGUGAAGCUACUUCCGCCAUCAUGAGUAUCAGGGCGCUAGGCGGCACUUGUGUGUCCUCCUGACUAGUAAAGAUUUUUUAUUGCUCUUUCACAAGAUUCAUGACACCCUGAGACAUGAACAGUGUUGUUAUCCUCAGGAUGGAAUCGGCUCCAAGACCCAUAGGAAAUCUUGCCUUGCUUAAGGCAAAUGCAGACAAUCGUAUUAAGCCUUAUCCCCUUUAUUUCUUCAUGAAUUUCCCCAAAUGCCAUGGACACCAGAAAAUAAAUGUUUUUAGUAAUUUAGUCAAUAUAUAAUCCUACUUUAGUAUGCUGUAAUAAAUUUCAUAUGCUUCAGAGGAAAACUACUUAUCUUUCUUUAUGACUCCUUUAAACAAGUUUGCUUAGAUAUCCUCAGGCUUUUAAAACCAUGUCUUUAAGGAUUUAAAUAAUGAGAUACUGGGGGAAACCUUCUGUUUUUGAGCAGCCGUUGCAUGUUUUGAGUUGCAUUACAAUCCAUGAGGCCUUAGGAGACAUUAAAUUUAUAACUAAAGAUGGAUAAUAGUGGUACAUUAAAAAUUAACUGUUUUCAAUGUUUUGAUUUAUGGCCCCUAUAAAAGAAACAUUACAAGAUGUUAUUUUACUAGACAACAGUAAUAUGCUCAUAAUAGCAUCAGAAGGCUCUGACUUGAAUCUGGAGUUUUGGUGCUGAAAUGAAUCAUAAUUUAGAAAAAGUUACUCUAAAAAUUACAGCAAAUUGGAAUUAGCAUAACAACCCUGCCAGCUCCUCCCUUUUUUGCCACUUCUGGAUGUUAAGUCCAGACAUGAUUUAUUUGUCUCACUAUGGUCAUUCAAGAGUGAUAUUUUCCGAGCACACAGUGGACCAGGGAAAGUUUACUUUUCUAAAGAGUUUUGACAGCCCCCAGAGCUAGCCUUUCCCCUCUUAAACCUCACAUUCAGGCCUGGAUUUAUCAGCGUGUGGCCUGUGCAGUCCACAGGCCCUACACUUAGAAGGGCUUCACUCUUAGGUUAAAACUCUACUGUCACUGUCUUGAAAUUCCUAACGUUUUUCAAAGAAGGGGCCUCACGUGUUCAUUUGCCCUCCGUGCCAGUAAUUAUGUAAUCUAUGCUGCCUACACCAACCAUAUAUUCCUAUAUUCUGCUUUUCAGUUCUCUUUAUACUCCCCCUCCCUGUUGGAUCAUCCACACUCUUGUUUUCUUAUGCCUAAGAUUUACCUGUGGCCAGCCUCAUUGUUCUGGGUUUCUUCUCAGACUCCAUGGGAUCACAUUUCCAGCAAGUUGUUGCCCUCAUAGGUAUCCCGGGCACUGCGUAUUCAACCACUGUCCUCUCACCACCAACCCCCCAAACCCCACAUGCACACAUACUUUCAAUUGUGAAAAUGUGCUCUUGGAGGCCUAACUCUAUUCCCUAUCUUGCCUUGCAAAAUGCAGGAAAAGCAGCUCCUCAAUUCUCCAUAACUUUCCUUCAGGAAAAUCCACUUAAUGUAGGUACCAUUUGUGUCAGCAAAUACUUCAUUUACGUCGAAUGAAGGUGCUUUCCUCGGACCCCCCAAGAGGCAUUCAGGUUUGUGAACAUCAAUGAGGUGGGCAAUGGACGAGCGAAUCGAGGCAUCUUGUGAGAUUUAGUGCCACAUCUGCCUUGACAUUUAAAUGUUUGAGCUCUUACUGUGAACUCUUGUAAUUCAGCAAAGAUAGAACACAAGUUUUUAUUUCUUAAACCACUAGAAAAGAAUUAGUCUUUUUUGAUUGAAAACAUAUACAAAUUUUUAGGACCCAAUUCGUAAAAAUACAGAUGUGGCAUUAACAAGUUUUGGCAUGAGGCUGUGAUGCUAGUAGAUGCAGCCUGUUCAAAAUGAAGAAUUGUAGCUCUCUGCCACCAGCACAUGGACAACGUUAUGGUGAGUAAAAAUAUGAAUCCCAGAACAUUUAGACAUGAGGAAGGGGUGUUUUACAAAUAAAAGUGCUGGAUGGCCCAGUGGAACUCCCUGCCAUGCCUCCCUUCUGGAAGAAUGAAAGAAGGAGGAAGGAGAUGUUUUAUUUUGGCUAGGAAGUUCAUGUCCGACUUGCCUUCUUUUAGCGGACAGAGUCUGGACACUGGGUCUGUGCUUGUCCUGGGACUAGAGAAAUUUAAUGGUGGCAAAAAGAAAGUCAAAGAAAGAGCUCUGAGCUCUACACAAAGCAGAGGUUUCUAUACAAAGUGGUGGUUUCUAUGCAAAGUGCAGGUUUUCUUUUACACCUCCUAUACAGGGGUACCUCCUGGUGCUUUUAAUGCAAUUUAGAUUUUGUGUAACUGAGGAUCUGAUAUAACUCUUUCUUGUGCCGUUGGCUACUCAGACUUUCAUUUAUUCAUUCCUUCAUUUAUUAUUCACUCAUUUGUCCAUUCUUUCACCGAACGGUUCUCAGUUAGAUGCUAGGAAAUCAAUGACGAAUAAGAUUGCCAUGGUUGCUGCCCUGUGGAUCUUGCCAUCCAGUCAAGGGACAGAACAUAAAUAAUUAGACAUCUCAAUAGAAACCUUGUACAUUUUGGUCAUGGCUUUGAUGGAAACCAGAAAGAUACUGAGAUUAACAUGAGGGACCUACUUAAGAAAGGAUGUUCAGCAAGCAUCGCUCCAAGGAAGUAAGUUUUAAGCCAAGUCUUAAAAGGGGAGAGUCAGGAGGUACCCACGCCAAGGCAUGCAUUUGGGAGGUGGUCCCAGGAGGCAUUCAAAAGCUGGAGGUGGGAAGGAGUUUAUAAGCUGAAGAAGCUUGAAAACCAUAACUCUGGGUAGAGCACAAAACAGCGAGAUGAGGAUGGAGAAGAAGGAAGGGGCCAGAAAAUGUAGGGCCUUUUAGGGCGAGGUAGAGAGUUUAGAUUUUUAGCCUAACAAAACUGAGCAGACAUCAGAGGAGUUAAAGCAGGGACAUGACAUGAUUUGAUUUAUGUUGUCGAACAACCCUGGCUCCUGUGUAGAGGAUGAAUUGUCAUGGCAGGAAGAGCAGAAGUAGAGGCUGUUCCAUGAUCUGUGAGAGAAUUGAUAGCACUGACCCAGGGCAGCAGUAGUGGAGAUGCAGAGAAGUGGAUAAAUUGGAGAUAAGACUAGGAAGUGAAGCCAGGAGGACUUGGCUGGGGAGGUAAGAUAAAGAACAGAAUUGAGAAUGCCUCCAGAUUUCUACCUUGGGUGUCAAAGCUGGAGCAGGCCAUUGGUGGUGGUGGUGGUGGGGGCACUGAGAGGGAACUCAGAGUUCUGGUUUCCCCAGAUGUCCAGUCGGUCUGGCCAAGAGAAAGGCAGGCUUUUGAAAUAGGCUGUUUUCCAUGUUCCUGCCUAUCAGCGGGGGAAUCUCUGGCCUCUUAUUGCAGUAAUGUGCAGGCUGACAAGUUUAAAGCAUGGCUGAAGUCUAACUUCAAGAGUGAGUGAUUCCUCCAACUCUUGAGGAAAAGGAGAUUGCAAAGCAAAAUCAGUAGUUAUAGAAUUAGGAGACUUGUAAGGGGUAGCGAUCUGUGGAAAAACAAAAAUCCCAGAGUUGUAGGAGGUUGAAAGGGACCUAGGGACUCUAGGGUCCUAGAGAGGAGGGAGUUGCCAUUGGCUCUUGCAGUUCCCCCUGAGAUCUCCAGGGAUCAAGGAUUCUGUGGGUUAAGGGGUACAGCAUGAGGUUUUGAUUGCUUUUGAUAAUUGACUUCCCAUCUUGAAAUUCUAUGUAUAUUAUUUUUCUGCAGAAGAAGCUUUCAAUAAUCUCUUUUCAGGAGUUAAUAUGAGAACUAACCAGAAGUAGCUACGAGAUGUUUUAGAACCACCAAGACAAUGUCUCUGCCUACUUCCAAUUGCAAAAUCGAUUCCUGGGCAAAGUAAGAUGUUUUUGCUUUAUCUCUGUCUCCACUUCUUCCUUUUAUUUUGCUCUUCUACUCCUCUGGAAGGUGUCUGCAUAUUUAUGUCUUCUAUUCAGGCUUACAAAGCUGCUGUUUAGAGCUUCAACUUGAAUAUCCUAUUCACGGUCUUUGCAAUUAGUAAUUUAUUCAAAAAAUAUUUCUUCAUCUUAGUACUGGAGAUGUACUGGAUAUACAUCUCAGUACUGGAGUCAAGGUAGUGAACAAAGUGUGAUUCCUACCCUGGAGGAGCUUAGCGUAGUACACAGAUUCUCAAGCUGGCGUCCAUAAACCCUGGAGGCUCUGCAAAUCCCCUGAUGUGGUUAAUAGACUUCAAUGUGGAUGUAUGUACAUCCCCGUAAAGAGAGUAUUUAUGUUCCUCAGCAGAUAGUGGGGCCAGUGACUCAGAAAAAGUGAAGCAGACCCUCAUCUAUGGGAGACUGGGUAACAUUGUGGUGGGGUGGCUAACAGCGUGGUCUCUGGAUUCAGAUAGACCUAGGUUUGGAUGACCUUGGGUAAGUCACCUUCCAUCUCUCCCCUCCAUAUUCUCUUUGAGGAAGGUUGUGACACCCCCAGGGCUGUGAUGAGCUGAGUAAGAUGCCAAGCCAUGCCUGGUACACGGUGAGUAUUCAACCCUAGGUAGAAUAUCAGUAUAUCACUAUUAUGUUACUUCUGGGCUCAGGAAGGUGUACUGUAUCCGUAAACAGAGGAAAGUGGUUGAUACUGGGGUUGUUGAAUUUGGGAGGUAAAAGAAAAGGCAGAAGAAAAGCAAUUUAUUCCUGUGGCCCAUAGCUACACCCAGGCCAUCUACACAUUUUCUAACAAGCCUUAUUUAAAGCAUAUUUACCCUAUAAACAUACCCUCUCCAGUUACCUUUGAUUUUUGUAACACUUGGGUAUAGCAAAGGAAAGGUUGAUUGUUGGAGAGUAUGAAUUAGUCCAUGUUUGUAGCAGAGGGUUUCUUUCAACUAAAACAAAAAUCUAAUCAUGAAAGCCAAUGAAUAUUUAACAAAUAAUUAAUUGUGAGCUAAUGAAUUGGAGGAGAGAAAAGGAUAAUAAUGUCUCAGUCCACCUCUUUCUGCUCUCAAGGGUGAAGGACUUGGGGGCCGAGGUAGAAGCUUUUAAGCAGAUUGGAGGGCAGUAAGUAAGUUCCUGUGGGUUUUUCUGGAGCUCAUAAGGGUUACCUGGCAAAGCAAUGCAUGUUGGCUUAGAUACGACCACACUCUCAGGACUUGAAAUCUGGCUGAGAAAUCAUAAACAAACAGUGGUGAUAAAUUACCAUGGGCCAGAGGCGGGAGGCGUCGAGCAGAGUGUUACUGCAUUACAUUACAUCCUUCCUGUGCCAGGGCUGGCGCACAGGGAGCACGCUGGCUCUCCCACCCCUUUGUCAUUUGCUUUAGAGUAUGCUGUCGGUCUGGUCUUGUUUAACCUCUUUAUUAAUGAUCUGUAAAGGGGAGAAAAGAGCAUAUGAAGGAAAGUCACAGAUGACACUAAUUUGGAAGGUGUUGGAAACACUAGCGAGGUCAGAGAAAUCACACAAAUGGCCUGAAGAAGGUUAGGAACAUGGAGGGAAAAUAACAAAUCUUGGAGAAGUCCAGACACUCGCAUCUGGUGAAAAUUAAUCUGAGACACAGAUACCAAUGGGUGGGAGGGAUAUGAAAAGCUGAAUGCUAAAAUAAUCAUAAUAACAGCAAUAAUAAGCUCAGUGAACAUCAGCAAAACCAGCUAGCCUGAAAGUCUGCCAUGGGUGAGAGUGGGGAGAGAGGUGCCUGUGGCAGUUAGCACUGUCAGUGUUAGCAGGUGCCAGAGAGACAUGCGUGAUCUUAUGUGACAAUCCUGCCCAUCAAUUGUCUAACACCUGGGACAUCACAAUAUUAUACAUGCUUUAUCUCAGAGGAUCACCCAAGUUAUCAGAAAGGUGGAAAGAAAGGCUGGGCACAGUGGCUCACACCUGUAAUCCCA